AUGAAGACAAUUUGCAUAGCGCUUGCUUUGACCGCCAUCCGAGUCGGAGCCGUACUGCUGGAAGAUGCGACUACCGAAUAUGUAGAACAGGUCUCAAAGUUGCCCCUUGCCACUGAUCCACCUCCAGGAGAUGUGUGUGAAUUCUGCAACGAGUACCACAAAUGUAAAAAUGGCACGUGCUGUUUGCGACCAAGAUCACGAUCAGGUGUCGGUUAUUCAGCCAUUUGUAAGCCUCUGGGGCAACGGGGAGACCUGUGCUCGGAGGCUCCAACCAAGGAUGACAUCUACUUAGGCAGCUGUCCGUGCAUGCCAGGUCUGCGAUGUCGACAUGUUAAAAGCGACAUAAAUAUAUGCGUGUCAGGAAACUGA